GUUUAGCGCUAGGUUUGUAGCAGACUCUGUCACAAAGAUGUAUCGACCUAAACCCACUCUGAAAGACAGACAGCAUCUGUACAAGCUGAUCAUCAGCCAGCUGCUCUACGAUGGCUAUACUAACAUUGCCAACAGCCUCAUCAGUGAAGUGAAACCACAGAGUGUGGUGUCUCCAUCUGAGCAGCUCAUGCAACUCACCAAAAUUGGAAUAGAGAACGAUGACAGUGCGGUGCAGUAUGCCAUCGGGCGCUCAGACACGGUGGCUCCUGGUGUUGGCAUCGACCUGGAGUUCGACGCUGACGUGCAAACCAUGUCUCCAGAGGCCUCGGAGUACGAGACGUGUUACGUGACGUCCCACAAGGGCCCAUGCCGCGUGGCCACGUACAGCCGGGACGGGCAGCUUAUCGCCACCGGCUCUGCAGACGCCUCCAUCAAAAUCCUGGACACGGAGCGCAUGCUGGCCAAGAGCGCCAUGCCGCUAGAGGUGAUGAUGAACGAGACGGCGCAGCAGAACAUGGAGAACCACCCAGUCAUCCGUACCCUGUACGACCAUGUGGACGAGGUCACCUGCCUGGCCUUCCACCCCAGCGAGCAGAUCCUGGCCUCGGGAUCCCGUGAUUACACCCUCAAGCUGUUCGACUACUCCAAGCCCUCCGCCAAAAGAGCUUUCAAACACAUUCAGGAAGCAGAAAUGCUACGUUCCAUCUCAUUCCACCCGUCCGGAGAUUUCUUGCUGGUGGGCACUCAGCACCCGACGCUGCGCCUCUACGACGUCAACACGUUCCAGUGCUUCGUGUCGUGCAACCCGCUGGACCAGCACACGGACUCCAUCUGCAGCGUCGGCUACAACCCCAGCGCCAACACCUACGUCACGUGCAGCAAGGACGGCAGCAUCAAGCUGUGGGACGGCAUCUCCAACCGCUGCGUGACCACCUUCGAGAAGGCUCACGACGGCGCCGAGGUGUGCUCAGCAGUCUUCUCGAAGAACUCGAAAUACAUCCUGUCCUGCGGUAAAGACUCGGUGGCCAAGUUGUGGGAGAUCUCCACGGGACGCUCGCUGGUCCAGUACACAGGUGCGGGACUGAGCGGCCGUCAGACGCAUCGUACGCAGUGCGUCUUCAACCACACAGAGGACUAUGUCCUGCUGCCGGAUGAGCGCACGGUCAGCUUGUGCUGCUGGGACUCGCGGUCCGCCGAGCGGAAGAACCUGCUCUCGCUCGGCCACAACAACAUAGUGCGCUGCAUCGUUCACUCGCCCACCAACCCGGGCUUCAUGACGUGCAGCGACGACUUCCGCGCCCGCUUCUGGUACCGCCGCACCACCACGGACUGAGCGGGCAGUAGGAAGUAUGUGAUGCAGUGAUGUGUGUGUGUGUGUGUGUGGGGAAAUAGAGCUUCAAGGUUCGACCCCGUUCGUACGAUUCGUUUGAACUUGGAAGUGGUGCAGAUCUCGGAGGUGUUGUGUCUGGACUUUACCUCUAGAGAGCGCUGUUUCGCUGUGAGAAAUUUGCAGAGGAAGCUUAUCGAGCUUGAGCUUUAAUUGCUGUGAGUUAAUGUAAGGAGAAUGAAGUUCCAGCCUCUGGUAUGCCACAAACGACGUGGAUAGUUGUCAGAGUUACUAAUGAAUCUGUUGUAUUGGUUUAAUUCUGCUUUUUUAUACAUAUGUAGAAAAAUAAAACAAUGAAAUGUU